GACGUAGAUCUCAUGUGACCAAGAGUCGACGUGUGCAGAAGUCCUGCUAGUCUGGUCCUUGUUUCCAUCUGGGUACCAGCUUCCUUCAGCUGUGCUGGCGGCGGUGUGGGAGGCUAGCGGAAGGAGGAGACAGCUUGCUCGAAUUUUGCAGGUCUGUUCUUCGCCCCGCACAAAGCUAAAAAAGUAGGAAAGAGAAACCGAACGGAUCAGUGCCAGGGGAACAGGCAGAAAGGAGAAAGAGAAGCAGACGCAAGAUGAAACCCUGCCAAAAAAAUGAAGGACAACCAGAAAAUGAGCCUGAACCAAAGCCUGAAGAAGAGCCAAAGCCUGAGGAAAAGCCAGAGGAGGAAGAAGGACCAGAAGAGGAGGAGACAUCAGAAGAAACUUUUAGAGAAAGGCUGAUUCAAUCUCUCCAGGAGUUUAAAGAAGAUAUACACAACAGGCAUUUAAGCAAUGAAGAUACAUUUAGAGAAGUAGAUGAAGUAGAUGAGAUAAGGAAAGUGAGGAACAAACUUAUAGUGAUGCGUUGGAAGGCCAAUCGAAACCAUCCUUAUCCCUAUUUAAUGUAGCUUGCUUUGAUUUCUCUUUUAUCUGAUAUUAGCAUUACCAUGCAGCUUUCUUUUAUUAGCAUUUUCCUGAUAUAUCUUUGGCCAUUUUCAUAUUUUAACCUGUUAUUGUUAGUGGGUUUUAAAUGUAUCCUUCCUUAUCUGCUUCUUAUUUUUCGUGUAUUUUGUACCAAUCUACAAGUCUAAAACUUUUAAAUGAGAGCUUUACUGAUUGGCAAAAACGUGAGGUUCAGAUAGUAUAGAAAAUGAAAAAAGUUACUAAGUCAUAUGAAAGUAUCAUAUUUUUAAAAGGCAAAAGUACCUUUGUAUAUUAAAUAUAUGCACAUAAAAUUUGUGAAAGAUGAAGGUACAAUCUCGGUGACUGGAUUAUGAAUGAUUUUUCUUCUGCUUGUUUGUAUUUCCCAUAUUCUUAAAAUGAACACACAUUAUUGUUGCUAAAAACAAUAAAAGUUUUGUAGUUUAAAAGAAGCAA